AUGUCGAAACAGGCCAAGAAGGACAGGAGAAUCGCGAAUGCUGCGCGCGAAGCAUGGCAGGCGUGCAGAAAGACAAAAAUUCUGCCGCCUUUGUCACGACUGAAGACGUAUAACAAGCCUUACGAAAAUGGACAAACAUGGCGGCCGAGCCACGAUGAAGAAGCGACCAACGCUACUGUCGCCUGGAUGAAUGGAGAGUGGGAUAAAAAGCGCAUCGAAGCAUGGAAUCUCUGGAUCGAGGUGUACUUCCCAACCUUGUGCGAAGCCUCCCAGACGGGCACGAUGGAGGCACUGUUUCAUUCCCAGGACGGAUACCAGUCCGUCAUGGAACAAGUCGUUCAGUGCAUCGACGAGGCAAUCUUUGGCGGCCGGCUAGCACCUUACUGCAAGGUCGAAUUAUUGGACGAAGCCGGAACACUUGGAGCGACAAAACGAAUUGGACCAGCCGAAAUUGUCAUUUCACUCAACCUCGGGCUCGUAAAGAACGUCUUCCAAAUCUACGAAACGAUUCUCCAUGAGCUCUGUCACGUCCACGAGUUCAUUCUCGGCUGCUGUGAAGGGCAACUGUGCCGGGUAUGCGUCAGCGAUUUUACAUUUGCCUUUGAGAAAUGGGUCCACCAUUCGAAUCAUUUUUUGGAGCUCUCUUGGCAUGUUCAAGAGUUUGCGAGUCGCCUGCACCAUAGAGAACUCGACCUCGGCCGUGCUUUGUCAUACACCAGGGAUUGCGACAAGCACAGGAUCAUCCCAGAGCAUCCAAAUGUUGAGUACUACUUCACCCGUCCAAUGGAGUUCAAGCACGUCAAUCUAUACCGAGUGGAGUAUCAAAUCGCAGAGGGCAUGGAGACGGAGGCUUGGGAGAAGGACAAACUCCCCGUGAAUCUGCUGGAGGGUGAACCCCUGGAUCCAAGGCUCCAGCAAAUCUCUGCACGGGACCUUGCAAAGGCGAUCAUGCCCAUCAAACGUCCUCAAAAGUCAUCUGAGGUCGUUAAAGGCGACAAGUGA